GAUGGCAAGGCAACGUGCUCGGUCGGACUCCCGAAACCUAGCCGUCACCUAUUCAGCCAUUCUUUCCUCUCAUUUUCUCUCCCCAAAAACUAGGAUCGGCCACAGGAGAUCGCCGGCGCUCAUGGCUGAGCCCUCCCCGGCAUGCACGACGGCGCGGCGGCCGCUCUCGCCGGAGCAGCGUGCGUCGGGUUCAGCCCCGCGCGCUCCUCCGUCGAGCGUGGCAGCCGGCAUCGUUUUUUUUCUUUUCUCUUUUCUUUCUGGGAGAUGCGGCGCCGGCGGCCGGCCCUUCAUUCCACGCGCCAUGGAGGCGGUGUAGCAGCUCGCCGCAACAUAAGGUAAAUUCAUCAUUCUGAAAUCUUUCGUUUCAACAUUCUAGGGUUGUGGCCUUGUGGGGAAAAUUGGGGAAAAAUUCUAGGGAUUUCACAUUCGGUCCCCUCAUUCUAUCUUGCUUACACAUACAUUGAUCCAUGGAAAAAAGAACUCAUGGCAUAACACAAUCCGAUUGCAUUGGAAAUAAACAUGAUUUGUGUUAAUCCAAUAUUAAGCGAGAUUAAUCAAAAUUAAUUAGCACUAAUCGGAAUAAGGCCUAAUCAGCACUUAGACUCUAUACGACCAAUAAGUGGCUCUAAUACCAUUGUUACGCAUUUUGCAUCUUCAGCAUUAACAUGUUCAUGCACUGGUCUUGAUUAAAGUACAAAGACAGUGAAUGGAUUAGAAAUGGAUUAGGGAUUUCAUACUGGAGGAUGACAUUAUCGUAGUCGCUCUUCACGUGAGAGAACCGGACUCCCCUUUUUAGGAUUUUAUACUGGAAAUGACAUUGUCGUAGUCGCUCUUCACGUGAGAUAGCCGGACUCCCCUAUUUAUCUGGCGCUGCGAUUAAUGCGAUUAGGCCAUUAACGUCAGUCAGUUAGUGCCCUCGCGCCAUUAAUGGGAUUAGGCCGUUAGUUAAUACCUUCCCUCAUCAAAUCCUAAAACACAGUCCUUGAUUAAGGCAUGAUUCUAGGCACUUAUUACCAUGUUUUAGGCGCCAAUUAAUAUUUACCCGUCUUUCAUCUCAUAACCCGAACAUUAUCACAAGAAAGAAUUGACACCUGAAAAAAGUGUAUAUAUGUGCCAUAUGCUUGUGAUAUCGUCCAAACAUUGGAUCGAUCAAGCAUAAGUAUAGCUUUUCUUACCCCAGUGCUCCCAUCCUACCAGGUCUCCUCUAUCCUAUCUUCGGCAAUCCUAUCUUUGCAAUGGAGGAGGUAGUAGUGUUGAUUGUUGGCGCUGGGCCGGCAGGCCUAGCAACAGCAGCUUGCCUUAGCCAAUUGUCCAUCCCCUAUGUCAUCGUCGAGCGUGAGAACUGCAGCGCGUCAUUGUGGCGCUAUCGUACAUAUGAUUGCCUCAUGCUGCAUCUUGCAAAGGAAUUCUGUGAGUUACCACACAUGCCAUUCCCAGUAGAUGCCCCAACAUACAUACCAAAAAACAUGUUUAUCAAGUACAUGGAUGACUACAUUGAGCACUUCAAUAUUCAACCGAAGUAUCUCACUAGGGUUGAGUCAUCCACAUAUGACAGUGAUGGAAAAUUUUGGUCCAUUAUGGCACGUGACAUGGCGAAUGGCAUAACAGUUAAUUUCAAGACAAAGUUUCUUGUUGUGGCAAGUGGUGCGAAUAGUGUAGAGAAUAUUCCAUUGAUUCCUGGAUUGCAAGAUUUUCCUGGUGAGGCUAUCCACUCAUCAUGCUACAAGGCAGGCAAGAGCUACUCUGGGAGAAACAUGCUGGUCGUUGGAUCUGGAAACUCUGGGAUGGAGAUUGCUUACGACCUUGCAUCUCAUGGUGCAAAUACUUCUAUUGUUAUUCGAAGCCCGCUUCAUAUAAUGACAAAGGAAUUAAUCAGGUUGGGAAUGACACUAGCCCAUCAUCUUCCACUAAAGCUUGUGGAUAAUAUCCUCGUGAUGAUGGCAAAUUUCAUAUUCAAAGACCUCUCAAGACAUGGCAUCACGAGGCCAAAAAUAGGUCCAAUGGUCCUCAAGUCCGAAACCGGUAGAUCUGCGGUUAUUGAUGUUGGUAAUUUUGGGUUAAUCAAGAAAGGCAUCAUCAAAGUUCAAGGGAGGGUUACUGACAUUAAGGGCAACAUAGUUCAAUUUGAACAUGGGAAUGAGAGCUCUUUCGAUGAAAUCGUGUUUGCAACUGGAUACAAAAGCACUGCAAACAUAGCUAAUUUUUUUAAUCAUUUUCAAAAAUAAUACGCGUUUUUUAAAAUUUUCGAAAAUAAUGCGGCCUCGGCCUGGGCGAGGCCGAUUGGGCCCAGUCGGCCUGACCCAAGCUGAUUAGGCCCAGUCGGCCUCGGCCAGGCCGACUGCUCAGCCCGCGGUGCCCCAACGAGGCAGUCGGCCUGACCCAGGCCGACUGAAGCCCAGUCGGCUUUGCCCAGGCCAACUGGCCCAGUUGGUUUCGGCCAGGCUGAUUCGAAGUAAUUCCAUUUUUUCUUUCGGAUCCUUGCGGUCUUUUGAACUAAAGUAGAUUCGAAGCAUUUCCAUUUUUUGUUUCGGAUCCUUGCGGUCUUUUGAAGUAAAAUACUCGACAACUUGGAUAAAAGUAACACGCCGAAUCCGAUUGGAAGUAAUUAGACUUCGC